AUGAACACGGGAAAUCAAAGUUUUGGGACAGAUUUUAUACUUCUUGGGCUUUUCCAAUAUGGCCAAACGAACACUUUGCUCUUUGCUGCCAUCGUCAUCAUCUUUCUGGUGGCUCUGAUGGGGAAUGUCAUACUGAUCCACCUCAUUCGACUGGACGCCAGACUCCACACCCCGAUGUACUGGCUGCUCAGCCAGCUCUCCACCAUCGACAUGAUGUACAUCUCCACCACUGUGCCCAAGAUGGCAAUGGACUUUCUCUCACAGAGUAAGACCAUUACCGUUUUGGGCUGUGAGAUUCAAACAUAUAUGUUCUUGGUCCUCGGUGGAACUGAAGCUCUUCUUCUAGGUUUCAUGUCUUAUGAUCGAUAUGUAGCCAUCUGUCAUCCUUUACGUUACCCUACACUCAUGAGCAAGAAGACCUGCUGCUUCAUGGUUUCAUGUGCAUGGACCAGUAGUUCUGUCAACUCUUUAGUACAUACGCUCUAUGUAUUUCAGCUUCCAUUCCGUAGGUCUCUGCUCAUUAACCACUUUUUCUGUGAGGUUCCAUCUCUACUGCCAUUGGUGUGUCAGGACACGUCCCAGUAUGAGCAUACUAUCCUGUUGAGCGGGCUUAUUAUUCUGCUGCUACCAUUCAUGGCCAUUCUAGCUUCCUAUGCUCAUGUGCUUACUGUUGUGUUCCAGAUGAGCUCAGGUAAAGGAAAGAAAAAAGCUAUUUCCACUUGCUCCUCCCACCUGACUGUGGCAAGCCUAUUCUAUAUGACCACUCUGUUUACCUAUACGAGGCCACACUCCUUGCAUUCUCCUUCACAGGAUAGGGUUGUGGCAGUAUUUUAUGCCAUUGUCACCCCUCUUCUGAACCCAUUUAUCUAUAGCCUGCGGAAUAAGGAUGUCAUGGGAGCUGCGAGGAGAUUGUUGGUGUAAUAGAUACUGAUGCAGGUAGUA